GAACACAGGGCUUUGCGAAUACAAGGCAAAUGCUUUGCCACUGAGCUAUGUCCAGCCCUCCAGCUAGUUUUUUUAAUAGGGUGUUUAUAACACCUAUACCUUCUUUUGAGGGUUGAAAUAUUUGCUACGUGUUUUUAUUGCUAUUAAUAUUAUGCUUGUUUUGCAUCCACAAUCUCACAUUAUUCUAGAAUGUUUACUCCAAGAAAUGAGGGUUAUUUUUCUUGUUGUCUCCUGUAUCCCCAGGGCCUGGCACUGAGAUGCUUAAUAAAUAUUUCAUGAAUGAAUGAAUUUCAGGAGAGGGUCUUCUACUAAGGGCUGCAUUAGUCUCUGGAAACAGUACCCUUUCACACACUUCGUUUUAGUUAUUUCCACCCCCUAAACACGCUGCUUUUCUUGAGGUAUGUAGAUUCUUCGUGCUGACUUCCAUUAAAAUCAUGCUCACCUGCUCAUUGAUGAUCAUGGAUACACGUCUUACUCUUAUGUACCAUGAAACCAACAGUGAGCUGGGAGGUUAGGAUGCAAAAACCAAAACAAUAAACAUAACUCUACAAAGUGUUGGCUCAUUUCUAUGAGUAGUGGUGAUAAUAGAAGAAUGCUUUCAACUAAAACCCCUUAAAAGAUGAUAAAAUUGAUAUUUUCUGUCAUUUCUAUAAUAUGUGCAUCAUUUUGCAUGAAGUUGUAGAGAAUUUUUAGAGAAUCGGGGCGUACAGUUUUUAAGAAGAAAGGCCUAAAUCAUAAUUUAUAUUUCCUUAUUUUCAUUCAGUCCAAUGCCCUUUUACUAUGAGAGGCAAUAUAGAGUGAAGACUUUUCAAAAUCGCCUCUUAGUAGCUACGUAAAAUAGAGUUAAUAAUAGCCUCUACCUCAGGGUUGCUCUGAAAACUUAACUGAAUCGAUACAUGUUAUUUCCCACAUUUGUGGAAAACGCCCCCCCCCCAACUGUUUCUUAGAGUGCUCAACGCGAAAUUACCAUUCAAUGUAGUGAACUGCUUCGCAAACUAAACCUUUUCAUGUAUAAACAAUGAAAUGUACAGUGAUUUUCCAGCCUCUGUCCAAUCUUCUACCUGCUGUGUAGGGGUGGUGAGAAAGCAGUUGCCUAGGAUCACAGGCCAAAAGUUGGAUGAAAGUGAGCCACAUAGAGAGGGGGGAAAAACAUCCUGGGCCCGAGACUCGCGCGGUAGCCCGCCUUCUCACUGAGGUCGGAGGGAGUUGCUGACCCACGUUCGUCCCAGUCGCUCCAGCAGCGCAUUUUCUCAGCGUUCAGCUCCCUACAGACGUGUUAGUGGCGGGCCUCGACCAAUGGUGACACAGCGCCGUGAGAGCAGCAGCCAAUCAGCAGCUAGGAGCCCGGAAAAGAGCAGGGCCGAGAUAGCAGCUGCUGGCGCUUGCCAGAGAAGGGCGAGCGGCGCGGUGGAGCGCUGCGGAAGAGGUUUUGGUAUGAACAGGAUUCGGAUUCACGUCUUGCCAACCAAUCGGGGGAGGAUCACCCCAGUGCCCAGGUCUCAGGAGCUCCUGUCUUGUUCGUUUACUCAUCGCCCGUGCUCGCAACCUCGCCUGGAGGGCCAGGAGUUUUGCAUUAAGCAUAUCCUUGAAGACAAGAAUGCACCCUUCAAGCAGUGUAGUUAUAUAUCAACAAAGAAUGGAAAGAGAUGUCCCAGUGCUGCCCCAAAACCCGAGAAGAAAGACGGGGUGUCCUUCUGUGCUGAACAUGCCCGUAGGAAUGCCUUAGCACUUCAUGCUCAAAUGAAGAAGACCAACCCAGGGCCUAUGAGUGAAACACUCUUGUGCCAGCUGAGCGCAUAUGCUAAGACAGAAUUGGGCUCUCAGACUCCAGAAAGUAGCCGCAGUGAAGCCAGCCGAAUACUGGAUGAAGACAGCUGGAGUGAUGGGGACCAGGAACCCAUUACUGUGGAUCAGACAUGGAGAGGUGACCCUGACAGUGAAGCUGAUAGCAUAGACAGUGAUCAAGAAGAUCCCCUAAAACAUGCUGGUGUCUACACGGCUGAAGAAGUGGCCCUGAUUAUGCGGGAGAAGCUGAUUCGUUUGCAGUCUUUGUACAUUGAUCAGUUUAAACGGCUUCAGCAUUUGCUGAAGGAGAAGAAGCGUCGAUACUUACAUAAUCGAAAAGUGGAACAUGAAGCUUUAGGUAGUAGUCUCCUUACUGGCCCAGAGGGACUUUUGGCCAAAGAACGAGAGAAUUUAAAGCGAUUAAAAUGUCUUCGACGGUAUCGCCAACGCUAUGGAGUAGAAGCCUUGCUACACAGGCAGCUAAAGGAACGCAGAAUGCUGGCCACAGAUGGUGCUGCCCAACAGGCCCAUACCACUCGUUCUAGUCAGAGAUGCUUGGCCUUUGUGGAUGAUGUUCGUUGUUCCAAUCAGUCUCUCCCAAUGACCAGACACUGCCUUACCCAUAUUUGUCAGGAUACGAAUCAGGUUCUCUUCAAAUGCUGCCAGGGAUCUGAAGAGGUACCUUGCAACAAACCAGUUCCUGUAAGCCUCUCUGAGGAUCCCUGCUGUCCACUGCACUUCCAGUUGCCUCCUCAGAUGUAUAAGCCCGAGCAGGUACUGUCUGUGCCAGACGAUCUGGAAGCCGGCCCCAUGGAUCUGUACUUGAGUGCUGCUGAGCUUCAGCCCACUGAGAGUUUACCACUGGAGUUCAGUGAUGACUUGGAUGUUGUUGGUGAUGGUAUGCAGUGCCCUCCUUCACCCUUGCUUUUUGAUCCUUCAUUAACCCUUGAAGAUCAUUCAAUCAAAGAAAUUGCUGAAGGCCCAGUGGAUAUCUUGGGCCAGAUGCAAAUGGUUGGAGAUGGUUACAGGUCCCAGGGAUCUCGAAAUUCUGAGAAAGCCUGUGCACCAUUGCCUCAAAGUGGAUUGGCUACUGCAAAUGGAAAACCGGAAUCCACUCCUAGCAGUUGACAGUUUGUUCUGGGAACCAUAUGACUUCCGUGGAUUUCACUUUCUCAUUCUUCAAACAAGUAUCUCUGAUCAUCUCUCACUAAACAGGGGCAACCCAGUUUUGUUCUGGGUUAUAGAAUGCCGUAGUUAAAUAAAACCAUACUUAGGGGGAUGGGCCAGUAGUGUCAAAGUUGUGUUUCUUUCCACCAUGGGCAAGGAAGAUAGGGAUUACCUAUCUCUGAAAUUCAGUAUUUGGGACUGUGCCAAAGGGGAAAGUGAUUCUUUGUAAUGGGAUUUCUUAAGUCACAGACAGAAAUCCACAUAGAUGAUUAGGUGAGGGUUGUUUUUUUAAAUGGUGCCGUUGAGAUAUUGGUCGCCCCAGUACCUGGUUAUCUUUAUCUAAAGGCCUACAGUUUAGCUUUUCCUCAUCUCCACUUAAUUGAACAGUUUGCACCCUUUCUCCAGUGAACUCCCAUCCUUAUCCUGAGACAGUUAAGGACUGGGCCCACCUUAACUAUUCAUCUUGCUUGUAAUCUAUGUAAAUUUCUGCAGUGGCUAUCUUAUGUAAAAUAUAGUAAAAAUUUAUUGUAUAUAGUUUCUAUUAAAUGUUAAAAUGUUAUGAAAAUGUAAAACAGU